AUGUAUGUACAUUUAUUUGGAAUACAAGUCGACAUUCGGGGACAUGAUAUCAAGAGAAUAUGUAGAAUCGCCCUAGGAAUUCCACGACAUGUGAAGAGCCUUACCCCCGUUGAUUUAUGGCUGUUCACUAGUUUAUGUCAUAAUAUUUUUCGAAAAUCUCCGCAAAAAGGGUUAGCUCAAGAAAAUUUAAUCGUUAAGUCACAAGAACCGGAAAACCUAUUCAGAAAAUCACUAUGGCAACUUAAAUUACAAAUAAAACUGAAAAUUUUCCGAAGCGCGUUGAAUGAAAAGUUUACGAUUACAAUGAAAAGUUCUGAUAUGUUAUUACUAAUUUGGGGAAAUAAUAAAUCUCUUUUAAUCAUAAAUAACCGGAAAACUACCCUCAUCAUAUCUUUGAAGCUGUUGGAAAAUGUAAAAAAAGAAGGAGGAAAAUGGUUUUUAUUUAGGAAAAUUUUUGCAAACACUCGAAGCUUGAAGGAACUUCAUGAGUUUGCCUCAACAAUUAUGAAAGUGAGAAGUUGUUUAAACAACAGAAAAAAAGUGAAUGAUGUUAGACAAACAUCCAUAGUCACUGCAUUGAAAUAUUAA